AUGAACUUCGACUUCUGCGUGAAGUCUCUUGGGUCAGACUCGAAGAGUCAUGAGCUGGAUCUCGACGGCCUAGGACUAAUCGCGGUCAAGUUGUUAGACGCCAACUAUACAGGUACGAUCGAGUACAUUAAGCAACUACAGAAGCAAAUAUCGGAACCACGCCUACUCAAGGCACUCUCGCUUUGCUUGCGUGUUUACAACUUUCUUGAUAUCAAAGAACUAAUCCCAGUUUACAAGGCAAAGCGACAUGCCGAUGCAGGCAUGCUUGUGUCUGCAGUGCUAACUAAUGAAGAGACAUGUGACACUCAAGUUUCGAGGACGAAAGGCAUGGUUCCACCUUUGACAAAGCAUAAUGCUGACAUUUAUCAAUUGUCCGGCAUAGCACUUAAAAUUGUGGCUAUUUUGAGAGAAAGAGCAAAAGGGAUGUAA